CUGCACCCAUUGUAUAAACAAAUUUAAUCAACGUGUGGUUGCCGGUGAUCUCAGCAGAUGAUUGGUUAAGCUAAAGGUCAUAACCCGCCGGGACUACUUUUCCGUUCGAAUUUCUCUGAAUUUAUCAAUAACAACAUAGCAACAUAUAAACAAACUCGCGAAAUCGUCUGCUUCAACAAUAAAAACAAAUAUGGCUUUAGAAAUCAACAAUGACCCGCAUAUCGGGGUUAGAGUAAAGCUUGUUGGCGGGAAUAAAGGGAUAAUUUUAAGAAAAACUAUAAAUUUUGAUUUCCCACUUUGGGAUAUCAAACUUGAUUCUGGGAAACUUAUCACAGAGGCCAGAUAUCGUUUUGAUAUUUUAGAAGACAGUGUUCAAAACAUUGAACCAGAAAUAACAACAACACACACCAUCACAAAACAGAAAUUACCAACUCUGGUUCCAGCAAUAGACCCUUGCCCCACUGAUGAGUUCAGUGAUGAUAAUGUUAUGUAUUUUGCUGAACCUAUACAUGUAUCCAACAGAGAUUCCACUUUUCCUAAACAGUCUUCCAAAACCCAAAAAAGACAGUUUGUGACCAUUCCUGAAGACAGUAUUGACACAUUUGUACUAGACCAGGAAAAUAAAAAUACCGCUAGAAAGACACAAAGUGACAUACAAUCAUUACAGCAAUUCUUAGUUACAAAAUUGGAAACAAGAGAAAUAUAUUCCAUCCCACCCCAUGAAUUAAAUCAAAUUUUGUGUCAAUUUCUAAUAUCAGUAAGGAAAGAUGAUGGAGACCAGUAUGAACCAGCAUCCCUUAAAGGAAUGCUCUGUAGUUUCGACAGGUAUUUGAGGCAACAUAAUUAUGGCUACCAAAUAAGUAAAAGUGCUGAGUUUUCGAAAGUAAAAGAUGUCCUCACAGCAAAACAGGUGGAACUUAAAAAAAUGGGAAAAGGGAACGGUAAUAAAAAGGCAGAGACACUCUGUGACCAGGAUAUAGAGAAGCUGUUUCAGUCGGGAGAAAUUGGGGUUGACUAUCCUACCACACUUCUACACACCGUAUGGUUUUUUAACACUGUUUAUUUUGGUCUAAGGGGAGUCACAGAACACCACCAAAUGACAUGGGGUGACGUCAAAAUUCAAAGGGACAAUUCAUCAGGAUUAGAAUAUCUUCAAAUGAAUGAACGAAACACAAAAACAAGAACAGGCAAAAGUCUAAGAGACCAGAGAGACAUCCCACAAAUGGCAUGGGCAAAUCCAGAAAAUGAGUUGAAAUGUCCUGUACAUGCCUAUAAACUAUAUAGAUCAAAACGUCCGCUCAAGUUUUCAAAUCCAACUGAUCCUUUUUACAUUCAAGAAAAUACAAAUAGGGAAAAAUCUGGCCUCUGGUACAAGAGCCAACCCAUAGGCAUAAACAAAUUAGGCAAAUUCAUGAAAAAGAUGGCAACUGCUGCAGGUAAAUUUCUUUGCAUUCAUGUAUUAAAACUGGUUGUUUAAUACUGCAUGUACAUGUAUUAUACUGAAUUUACCUAUUUUACAUAUGAAUUAUAUAUCAAAUCUACCAACGCAUUGAGUGUGAUAAGAUAUUUAUCCACUCGAGACAGUCAAAUUUUAAAAUUUAAAACACAAGGCUUGCCGAGUGUUUUAAAUAUUUAAAAUUUAACUGUCGAGAGUGAAAAAUUAUCAUACAUGUAUUUAACAACAUUCACUGGUGGAAUCUGUUCAUGAAAUUAUAUUUAGAGGACAUACAGACAAAAUCUAUAUUUCUUUUACAAUGAUCUGUAAAAAUAAGUGUACUUUCUAUAUGGUCUUCUCUUUUUGUGAUGUCACAGAUAAAUAACAAAAAUGAACUUGUUAUAUUGAAUUUUGACCAAUAAAAAAUUGAGUUCACACACCAU